UGUAAAACUUUGUGUCGAUAUCAACAACACGGCCUGCAAUGGUGGCAUUCUAAAAUACACAUGAAUUAUGCCCUAUGUGUCAUGCAGAUUUUGGCAUGUUCUUAUUUGUCCCUUUCGGAGAGAUGAAGAUGCUUGCCUUAUUAUUGAAGCUUAUAAACCGUGUUCCGUUGAAGCUCAAAAAAGGUUCGGUAAGUCACACAGGGGCAUGUUUUGAGAUUUCAUAAGAAGCAAAAAUGGGAGCAGUGAAUGAUGCAAACCGCAGCAGAAAGAAGUCAUCAUCAAGAGGGCACCACAGGUUCGUGGGGGUUCGACAAAGGCCAUCAGGGAGAUGGGUGGCGGAGAUCAAAGACUCUCUACAGAAGGUCAGGCUUUGGCUUGGAACAUUUGACACUGCUGAGGAUGCAGCUAGGGCAUAUGACAAUGCUGCUCGAGCCUUGAGAGGUGCCAAUGCAAGAACCAACUUUGAAUUGGCUGAAGCAACUUCUGGUGAUGCUUCUAAGCGUGGUGAUGGCGGUGGUUCAAGCUUUGUGCCCAAUUGCUCUGAACCCUUUUCUUUUGAGGAUGCAAAUGAGCCAGGUGAAGAAGCUGAAGGCCUUCUGGGUGCACUUAAGGCCAAACUGCUUGAUAGAAAGAAAGGGAAGUUUCACUUUCCAUUUCUUCCUAAUAGUGCUGCUUCCCCGCUUGUUCAAUCUGGCUUGGUUUCAACUCAGAAUAUUUGUUCCGCGGAGAAAGAUUUAUCAUUACCAUCAUCAGUUAAUAAUACUGUCCUCUCAAGUAUGAACGGAAGUGGAGCCAACCCUUUAGUUGGUGUUACGAGUACUUUAGCAACAUCAAACACUUGUUGUCCUAAGAGUGUGGUUAUCCCAAAUCAUGAUCACGAAGGUUCUUCUAGAGUCGAAUCUCAUCAACUUUGUGAAACCCCACCUGAGGCAACAUGGUUCAAUGAAGUGGCAUAUGAAUUGCCUUGGCCUACACAAUUUAUGAGCCAAGUUCCUGAUAAUAAUAGCCUUCUUGCAUCUGCAGCAUGGCCACUUUCUGGGGUGAUUGAGUCCAAUAUUGAUAUGGCAUGCCCAGAUCAAGGGUCAUCAAGUUGCAACAAAAGUGGCCAAAUGAUGAAUAUGGUGAGCAUGCAGUUACCUCUAGUUGGUGGUGGUGGUGCAACUGAAGGGCUUUGGACAUUGGAACAGCAACAAUUUGUGCAAUGUGAGAACAACGGUUGGUUUAGUUAUAAUGGCUCUUGGGAUCCUCUCCUAUAUGUUCCCUCUGAGCUAGCUUGAUUAUUAGUGUUAAAUAUUGUUUGUGAAACAAAUCUUAAUUAAGUUGUCGGUUCUUAAUACGUCUUGAUUUACCAAAAUCAUUCUUUAAUUUUACCUUCAUAAUGUAGACGACCCUUUUGUAUGCUCAAAGGUUUGACAAUUUUCUUCCGUGGUGUCUAAUUGUUCCUGUUCUUGAUAAAACU